UUGAGGCUCUCCACUCGCGCUUCUCUCGUCUCUGUUCGUUUGUUUCCCCAGUUUCAGUUCUUUCAGAAAAAAACAAAGCCCAAAUUGUCGAUUUCAUAGAUCCGCUCUAACCAAAAGUUUUCCUCCCUUCCUUUUGCAUCCCACAAUUUUGGUUACGCGCUUGUUUGUUGAUUGUGGGAAAGAAACCCCAACCUCCCCCUGUUCUGUCCCCGUCUCUUGCUCUCGAAAGGCUUUUGAUUUGGCAACUUCGGCGGGUAGAGCGAAACAUGGGUUGCCCCAAUAGACGAGAAUCUGAUCAAGCUGAUCCGUGCGUGAGCGACGCCUUGUUGAUUGCUACUAUGUGUAUCAUUGGGCUCCCUGUCGAUGUGCAUGUUAGGGAUGGCUCCGUCUACUCCGGAAUUUUCCACACUGCCUAUGGUGAUAAGGAAUAUGGGGUUGUGCUGAAACAGGCGAAGUUGACUAAGAAGGGAAACUGCAACGUAAAUGUGAGCGUUGGGAGUAUGGUAGAGACUCUGAUAAUCUUUUCCAGCGACCUUGUUCAAGUUGUUGCCAAGGGGGUUUUACACCCAGCAGAGGGCAUAAACUGUAAGCUUACAGAUUGCAACGUUGAAGCUGCUGUAACCAAUGACUCUUCAGAGGUUUCAGUUAAGGAGGCAAAGCAAUCUGAAAUUUUCUCUGGGGAUAGGCAAAUAACCGAGCAAAGCAGACAGAUUGGAGAUGUAUUGGCUCUGGUGCCAGAGGGACAGUGCAAACAAAAGCUUGGGUUUCAAGGCAAAAAGAGUCGUUUAGUCUAUGUUAUUCUUUAUGCUGUCUAUGCAGUGGGUUCCUUCCAUACAGAAGUCAGACCUCUUGAGGGUGGAUACCUAUCAACGAAAAUCUUGCCUAAUGGAGGGUGUCUAGAACCUACUCCUGCACUUGGUAAGCUAGCCAAUGGAUUCUGUGAUAGGCCUGCAUCUGCAGAUUCCACCUCUGCUAGUGGCGCUUCUUCAGGGGUUUCUGUUGCUUCAGAUCCUGUGUCACGGCAUAAUUCCUUAACGACAUCUUCUGAUGUACCAUCUCCACAAAGUUCAGAAUCCAGUAAAAGCUCUAAGGAGUUUAAGCUCAAUCCUGGGGCCAAGAUUUUUUGUCCCUCUUUUGCAAGUUCUGCAUCAGCACCUUCUCCUGCAGUACCAGCACUUGGUGGAAUGGCUUACAUGCCAAGCAGCUCCCCCAUAUUACCUAUUCCUGCUCCUCAACCUGAAGUCAGCAUUGGCCCUUUUGCACCUCGGCCUUCUGUCCCUGCUAAGAUUUCUCCAUUUAGUAACUUGAUAGCUGGAAAUGGGGGCAACAACUCACAAUUUUCACAUCCUAUUGUUGGCCACAUGGGAAGCCGGACACCACCACUUAGAUAUGCUGGUCAGUAUCACACUAUACCUACUGGACCUGCAUAUGUGCCCCCAAAUUCUCCUCCUCUAAUGGUUGGACGGUUGGGGCAGCAGCUUGUCUAUGUGCAGCCAGUUGCCCAUGAUUUACUUCAGAGUACAGGAGGUAUGUCGCAGAUGCCAGUACGUCCCUUGAUUGGUCCUCACCAGGUUCAAUAUCCCAAACACCAAGGGAAUGCAGUAGUCAGUGGUCAGGGAAUGCCAAUCUGUAUGCCGCCUCCAUUUGUGGGUGGUGGAGUGCAGCAACCAUUUACAAUGCCAGGCCACAUCCCACUCUUGCCACCUCCAAUCCCUGCAAAUCGUCACAUUCCUGUUCCAUCAUCCAACGCUCUCUUUGCCACCAAGUUCCCAUGAACAUUCAGCCACUGGCUUCCCAAUUCUUUGUAUCAGACAAUAAGAAAUUUUGAUCAUAGAGUCUACAGUUCAUAGGUAGCACAAAAUGUUUUUUUUUUCUUCUUCAUUUUCAUCAACUGUGAAAGGGGAAAUGGUAAAGAGGGUAAAAAGAAAUGCAACUUUCUCUGCAUUUGGAGAUGUCGGGCUUUUUUUAUUGUGGGAUCAAUUUUGUUAGACUUGUUGUCAAGUUUACCGUAAGACGAGAAAUAUAGGUUCGUUGGAUUUUGGUGAUAGUUAAAUUGAUGUGUUGUCAUCAAUGCAUACAAUUGCAUUUUUUUUUUAAAAAAAGUCAAAAACUAUCAAUGC